CAUGUGGGUCAUGUAGCAGCGCCAUUGGCGCUAUCUUGUGUUGACCGAAGUGCUCAAUGACCAUGUGCUAGAGGACCGCACGAAUCCUCUUCUAGUGUGUUGACCUUUGUGGUGCACUGUGAAUUUAAUGAAUCCAUCCUGGUUGUUAAUUUUCACAUGAACACACACACAAAUUGUUUAUCAUGAGUACGAAAAGUAUCGUGCACUGAAUUACCGGUACGCUUGUGCAGCGACUCCAAUAAACUGUUCAUUGACAUGCACCGUGCAUGUGCCUUCAGUGAAUUACUUGCUUUGGCAUUCAUCAUUAUAUCCAAUCUAAGGACUUCAUCUGCAACACCGCCCCCAGACCCUUACCUUUUGAUCACAACUAAUGCUGGCAUACAGCGUGCAAGUCUCAAGACACAGCAUAGCCAUUUCCUCUACAACAGCAAUACCCUCCCUGUCGCUAUAGAUUUUCAUCUGAAGGGGAAUACAACAACAGUUUUUUGGAGCGACAUAACUUUAGAUCGUAUAAGCGCAGCAGAAGUCGUGAAUGACCGCUUAGAGAACGUUCGCACUGUCGUAUCGGGAGGUUUGGAUUCUGUAGAAGGGCUGGCGGUCGACUGGCUUGCUUGCAAUCUCUACUGGAUUGAAAGCAAGUACCAAGAAAUAGAGGUUGCCCACUGUGAUGGGUCCCUGCGGACUUCUGUUGUUGGAGAUGUGCAGCGUGCCCGCAGUCUGGCAUUAGAUCCGCGAGUAGGGUUCCUGUUUUGGACAGACUGGGAUGCAGAGAAUCCUCGUAUUGAAAGAAGUCACAUGGAUGGCAGUGGGCGGCAAGUUAUUGCUUAUGUGCAGCAGUAUAGUAACGUUCCCAGAGCUUUGCCAAAUGGUAUUGCCCUGGAUUAUGAAGUGCAAAGAGUUUACUGGAUUGAUGCAAGGUCAGGCUCAAUCCACACCAUCAGAUAUGACGGGUCUGACCAUCGCAAAGUACUUGACAUAGCCAGAUUUUCUCAUCCAUUCUCAGUGGAUGUAUUUAGCGACUAUUUCUAUUGGACAGAUAUCACCUAUUCCAGUAUCUUCAAGGCUAACAGAUUUACACCAAAUGCAUCACAGGAGGAAGUUUUGCAUUCAAGUAUUCCAUUUUAUCAAGCAGCAAUAGUUGACUCAUCCCGACACCCUACGUCGAAUGCUAAGAAUGUGUGUGCACAUAAUAAUGGCCACUGCAGUCAUCUUUGUGUGUCUGACGCCAGCUUUCCACGAUGCCUCUGUCCCUACGGCUUUGAGCUGUCAUCCAACAAAAGGACUUGUGAAGCUCAUGGUCAACUUCUAGUCUUUAUUACCAAAGAAACCCCUACAGCUCACUUUGUGUUUGCUAUGGAUCCCACACGCUGGGCAUACCCAGCCCUGAAAAUUAAUGGCAGUGUCCUCUCUGCUGCUUUUGAUGCUGUACACGAUGUUCUGUAUUGGAUCGAUGGGCGCUCUGUCAAACGGCAUAGAUUAAAAGACGGUGUAUCAGAGGCAUUUGCAGAAUUUGGUCCUAGGGUGAAGUUGACAGCACUGGCUCUCGACAGUCUUUCGAGAAACAUAUAUUUGGGAAGCUCUGUGCAGCUGAACAGUGACAUUCGUAACCACAUCUCGGUGUGUUCUGUCGGCGAUUGUGUCUGCAGCAACCUCAUCUGGGACAAAGUGAAACAUGUGGCAGGAAUCGCUGUAGAUCCUGUUGAGAGGCUCGUAUUUUGGAUGGAACGUGAUCGUGCCAAGUCUGAACACGACUCGCUCACUGUCAAGGUUGCUUCUCUGGAUGGGUCUAAUCAGAGGAUGCUUUUGUCACGCACUGUGUUCAAAACAAUGGCAACAAAAGGUCUCAGCGCAAACCCUCAUAAAAGGGAGGUGUGCUGGGGGGACCUGAGUAACAGCAGCGUGUCGUGCACGAAGUAUUACUCGCCUCUAUUGGUGCAAGAAUAUGCUGUACCUGAGGACACUUCUGGAGGAAUGGAAUUUACUUCAUCUGGCGAAGAACUUGUGUAUAGUGUUGCAUCUGGUGCAGUUUACAGUCUGUCAUCACAAGGAGUUCCAAACAUCCUCUUCAAUGCCACACAAUCUUUAAUUUACAUCAAGCACACUGGGAUUGACACUUAUUCUGAAAAGACAGUUUCAAGCCAUCCAUGUCGAACGCUGGCAACUCUGUGUCAUGGUAUCUGCAUUCCCCAGAACAGCAACUACACAUGUGUUCCCUUCGGUGGUUCACACGCUUUGCUCAUCUUCCUCCAAAACCACCGGCCAGUGGCAUAUGCUGUGGGGUCAGACACAUCGGCACCUCCACUGCUUUUGCAGGCUACGCUAAGUGAAAUGAUGAUAGAUGUUAUCCAUACGAUAGCGGAAGAGGAGGUGCUGGUUUCAGCAAGACAUGACCAGGUCUUUCAGUCACGUAUUGAUGGUUACAACAUGACUUUGGUGGCAUCUACACCUGGUUGGCGAGUUACAGCACUUGCAGUGGAUGUGUCUCAAAGAUUGCUGUACAAAGGUGUUUAUGGUCCCACAGGGGCUCGCAUCGAGGUUUCAGAUUGGAAUAAUGCAGCUGAGUGUGAGGUGCUGAGUUCGAAUCUUUUCAAGAUUCUCAGCCUUGCAGUCCAUCCUUCCCGGAAGCUUCUAUUCUGGAGUGAUGCUGGGCAGUGGUCUCGCAUUGAAAGAAUGGACCUAGACAAGGGUACACGCGAUGUGGUUGUCAAGGAUGAAGUUAUUAGAGUGUCUGAUAUUGUACUGGACAUUGAAAACGACUUGCUGUACUGGUGUGACCAAGGUACAGCCCGUAUCGAACGAGCACGCUUGGACGGCUCACGUCGUACUGACGUUUUGCUUAACAAAGGCCCCAACCGACAUUAUUCUCCAGUUUCUGUAGCCAUAUUGAACUCUGUCCUGUUUUGGAUUGACAGUACUUAUUCAGGUGGUUCUCUGGUAGCCAUGUUCAAAAACAGACACCCCCAGAUUUCGACGUGGAGUCGCUACCUUGGUCCAAAUGUGUCGCAUCUGCAACUCUAUGACCGAAGAACGUACCAACGAUCCAAUGAAACGACUGGCAUUCAAAGGACAGGACCAAGUUCUAUGAACUUAUGCAGGGCCUAUUGUUUUAAUGGUGGCACCUGCUCAGUUGAUGUAAACACUGCCAGUGCUCCAACUUGCCAGUGCCAGUCGAAUUUCACGGGCCCUCGCUGUCAGUACUAUGCAACAUACUUUUACGAUUCAUCGUUUACAGAUGAAGAAGCUGUGGAUAUGAGGGUCGUUUGGAUUCCACUUGCUCUGCUUGUGGUUCUCCUGUUGCUGCUAUUUCUUGCCGCCUGGGUGAAAAGGAGACGAUCGUUGCAAUCAAGCAUGUGCUCCCUUUCCUCUGAGGAGGCAAACCCUGCCUUGACCUCCCCUAUGGUCGACUGCCAAUAUGAAACAUCGUUUUCUGAUAACGUGUCGUUGAUGGGGACUAACCCUGCAUUUGGCAGCACUAUUAGUAAUGCCUGAAGGGAAACUUUCCGGAAGUUCCAUCCCUGUGUGCAUAAUAGCCCAGCACAACUUCCAACAUCUAGCACUGGAGUCAUCAGACUGUGGAAGUGCCCAUGAUUCUGGUAUAUGGUUAGAGACUGUAUAGAGUUAUUAGAUGUAACUCAUGCUGUAUGUUGUUGAUGCCGUUUAUGGCAAUAUGUGAUACCUAUCUUGCAGUGACAUUCUCCUGAGAGAGAAGAGUAGAGGUCAAUGCUGCAAUGUGCAGUUUUGUAUGGAAUUCCACAUGGUGUACAGCUGCAGUACUUAAACAAAAAUAGCCUUUUAUAUUGACCAUGCACUGAAAUUUUAGUUUCUUUAAAGGCACAGAGCUGCAUACCCUUGCAAUAAGACCUUUUGGAUUUAGUAACAUGAUUUCUACAAAACAAUGUCUAGCAUGUAUGCCCCAUAUAUCUUCAUUGGAGGUAUGCCAGACUUAUGCCAGAAAAAAUCUGCUUGCAGUUGCUCUUCUUGCAAUAGUGUGCAGUACAGAGUGCCACUUUAGUAGGUAAUGAAUCCAAUAUUGGCAGCAGCCCAUUGUUUACUUGUUUUUUUUUUUGUUUUUUUUUUUGUUGUUUUUUGCCCUCCCUUGCAUUUUUGUUUGACUGUUUGGAGCAUUUUUUUAGGUAGCUUUCUACACAUCACAGAAAUGGAAUAUAUGCCUCUGUAACUUGCCUAGAUGUAACUAACUGCCACAAUAUUAGCUUAUAUUUGUGAUCUCAAGUUUUUUACAUGGACAGUACCUUAUAUGGAGCAUUAAUCAUUUUGAAUUCUAAAAGUACAAAGUUUGAACAAAAGCUCCUCAGGAGAUGUUUAUUUGUUUGGCGUGGGAGGUAUUUGUUUUGUUUGAUAUAUGUAUUAUGCAUAUUAUUUGUAUGGUUCAGCUCAGGUACCCUAGUCAGUUAUCUAACCAUUAUGAUUGUGGAGGAGACAUGCUCCUGCAGUCAUGUCAUGUUCCUCGAAUUGAGAACUGCCGUUAUGGCUUCUAUUUAACCAAGUUAAUAUGAGGUAGACAACAUCUGUGAAAGUAAAGCGUUAGCAUCGCAGCAUAGCGAUUUCCAUGCGAUGCAUACUGCUACCUCAAGGUACUGAGUAGCUGUUGGCUAUAGCAUAGUAGAUAAACAAUAUAGUUGGCAGAUUAUAAAAAUUUAAAUCCACUUGAACACUAUUGCAAAGGUAGCAGAUUAAUAUUGUUUCUUUCUUGCAAGAUCCCCACACCCAUUUAGUGCAUAAUCACAUCAAUUCUGCAAAGUGCCUGCCAUUUUUAUGAGCACUGGCAAUCUGUUGGCUCAAGUACAGAAUGUCUUACCAAAAACGUAAUGCAGCGAUCCAACUAUGCUGCUGUUUGGUCUCAAGGAAUUACUGUUAAAGAUGUCAUGUGAUGCAUUUCAGAACAAAGAUUUUGCUCUUUGUUGCUUUCCACAGUCUACUGCCUCAAAUAGAGGCAGUGUCAGACUUGUGAAACAAUAACAUGUAUGUAGAUAUAGUGGAGUGCCAUAAUUUCUGUAGGUCAGUACGAUACAUUUUGGAGUAAUUAAAUCCAAAAUGAAGCAGUGGUGACAAGUUUGUUCAGGUGAUUAGUGUGUAUUUUUCUUUCUGGAGAGUAUUCUGCCAUACGCUGCAUCUGUACUUAUUAGUGUGCUGCUUAUUCAGAGUGUUCGUCUAAUCACAAAAUAUUUGCUGUUUAGUUGCGUGUUUGGUUUGUUCACAGGAAUAUUACGCACCCAUUAGGUACCAUGCACUGUUGUAACGUCUUCUUUAAUGGCAAAAACAUAUUUUUAGUAUGUCUGGACUCAGAUGUGGGUUUUGUAGUUGCAUGAAACAAUUAAUCGUUUCAUUCGAAGUACAGGUCUUAAAAAUUCAGUGUAUGUGAAAUACCAUGCUCUCUCACAAAAAACAAAAACAAAAAAGGCCACUGGUUCUUACUCAUCAAAAGAAUUUCAAGAUUCAAACAUGCAACAGAAUUUCCAUAUUUAAUACUAGAUAACAGAAAUACAGGUACACACCACUGCCAAAUUGGGUAUGCAUGUGCAAUUAGGUAAAGAAACUAAAAGAAACCAUUUGUCUUGCUCUCUGAGAAACAAUGAUUCACUGAAAAGCCCUUUCUCAUACUACAUGUACAUUGGCUUAGCAAUGUAGGAUGCUAGCAGUGAAAGUCUAGUUUAGAAAUCUUUCUUUUUUCUUUUUUAACUAAGCAGCUCAUGGUAUACAAAGCAAAUAUAUCAUGACCCUACCUUUUUGGGUGCUCAGCAGCGCACUGCACUGCAUUAUGGUGUACAUUGCAAACUGUGAACGUGUCAAGAUCUGAGGGGUGCGAACACUCAUUCCCAGAAGGAAUAGUGGAUUUUAUGUGCCUAUCAGGUCUUGUCAUAUAGCAUUUUAUAUAUUAUAGUAGGGAGUCAUACAUUUUAUUUUGUUUAAAUUCUACACACACAAUUGAAUUGCUGUAUAGCAUGUCCUACAAGAGUGUUAUGAAUCUUCUGUGCUUUUAGCACAGCCUUAUAAAACUUGUGUUCAACAUUUGUACGAGUGGAGAGAUGAUUCAGAACUGUGUUGCACUAUGUUGGAAUUAUUUCUUCAGAAAAAUAUAUCCUUUUUGGAAAUACAACUCUUUUAUUUCAA